AUGUUCAACUUCUUCAAAAGAUUGUUCUGCCUUAUAUGUUUUCUCUUCCUAUCCUUUGAUGUUUCUCUGUGUUUUUCUUCUUCUUCACUUGAUGACUUCCUCUUUUGUUUGGAGAAUCACAACAUAAAAAACUUCACUGUUUUGCCUUACAGUGAUUACUACAAAAUUCUCAAUUUUUCAAUUCAAAACCUUCGGUUUGCAGAACCUACAACACCUAAGCCAAUAGCAAUAGUACUUCCAGAGAGUUUGGAGCAGCUACAGAAAAGCUUAGCAUGCUCUAGAGAAUUCUCUUUGGGAAUAAGAGUGAGAUGUGGAGGACAUAGCUAUGAAGGUACUUCCUCUGUUGCCGGUGAUGGUACUCUUUUUGUCAUCAUUGACAUGAUGAAUUUAAACCAUGUUAAGGUGGAUAUGGAGACAAAAACAGCGUGGGUUGAAGGUGGUGCAACAUUGGGAGAAACUUACUAUGCUAUCUCUCAGGCAAGUGAUGUAUAUGGGUUCUCAGCUGGGUCAUGUCCAACUGUAGGAGUUGGGGGACAUAUCGGGGGUGGUGGAUUCGGUCUGCUGUCUAGAAAAUAUGGACUUGCAGCCGAUAAUGUGCUGGAUGUGUUAUUUGUCGAUGCCGAUGGACAAUUAUUAGACCGCAAAACCAUGGGAGAUGAUGUGUUUUGGGCUAUUAGAGGAGGAGGAGGUGGUGUUUGGGGAAUUGUGUAUGCAUGGAAAAUUCAGUUACUGAAAGUGCCACAAAUUGUAACUAGUUGUAGUGUACCUAGAACAGGAGCAAAGACAGAUAUUGCCAAACUACUGAACAAAUGGCAACAUGUGGCACCAAAUUUGGAAGAAGAUUUCUACUUGUCAUGCUUGGUUGCUGCUGCAGGCUUGCCUGAAGCUGAAAAUGUUGGAAUAUCAACAAAAUUUAAUGGUUUUUAUCUUGGUCCUAAGUCCAACGCUAUAUCUAUAUUGAAUCAAGAUUUUCCUGAGUUGAAUGUUGUAGAAGAAGAAUGUAGCGAAAUGAGUUGGAUUGAGUCAGUUGUUUUCUUUUCUGGACUAAAUGAUGGCGCUUCUGUUUCUGACUUGGGGAAUAGGUACUUGCAAGAUAAACAAUAUUUCAAGGCAAAAUCAGAUUAUGUAAGGAGCCAUGUUCCACUUUUUGGUAUCGAAACUGCAUUGGGUUUUCUAGAAAAGGAGCCCAAAGGGUCUGUUGUUUUGGACCCUUAUGGUGGGAUUAUGAAUAAUAUAAGCAGUGAUUUCAUUGCUUUCCCGCACAGAAAAGGAAACAUUUUUUCAAUUCAGUAUUUGGUUUAUUGGAAAGAAGAAGACAAUGACAAAAGUAGUGAUUAUAUUGAUUGGAUAAGAGGAUUCUAUUUUUCUAUGACUCCUUUUGUUUCACAGGAUCCAAGGGCUGCAUACAUUAAUUACAUUGAUUUUGAUCUUGGAGUAAUGGAGGUGAUUAGUGUUAAUGAUGUGGUUAACCCAAGGGUUUGGGGUGAAAAGUAUUUCUUGAGUAACUAUGAUAGACUUGUGAUAGCCAAGACUUUGAUUGAUCCUAACAACGUUUUCACCAAUGAACAAGGCAUUCUUCCCAUGACCUUUGCCAGCUCCAAUGCCUAA